AUGGGUCGCAGAAAGAUCGAAAUCAAGGCCAUCAAGGAUGAUAGAAACCGCUCUGUCACCUUCCUGAAGCGCAAGGGCGGUCUGUUCAAGAAGGCACAUGAGCUCUCGGUGCUUUGCUCCGUAGAUGUCGCCGUCUUCAUCUUUGGCCAGAACAAGAAGCUGUACGAGUACUCGUCCGGCGACAUGCGAGAGCUGAUCACAAGAUACACCUACCAUGGCGGGCCAAACGAGCACAAAGGACCUGCCGACUUUAACGGUGGCGCGGAUGACGACGAGGACGACGAGGGCGACGCCACGCCGCCCCACGGAGAGCGCAUGGGAACUCCCAUGAUGCCCCAGCACUUCCAAGGACAGCCACCCUUCCCGCACAUCAGGCACCACACUCCCUCAGCAUCUCCGCCCAUACCAAACGGCGUCGCCUUUGCCCAGCAUGCUGCACAGGGUAUCCAGAGGGUACACACCCCUCAGCCACAAAUCGGCUCACGGCCUGGCUCGCGAAACGACAUGCGACGCAUACCUCCUCACAUGGUCCCUCAACAGGUAGGCCCUCACGGGCCUCCCCAAGGCCCACAGGUGAAUGGUUAUGCAUACAUUCCUCAGCCGGCCAUCUACAACCCGCAGAACCCAAACAUGCCUCAGCCCGGUCAUCAGUAUCCUUACCCUCCUCCUCCGCCUCACAUGCAGCAGUAUAUGGAGAACCACCAUAGACAAUCCUCUGUCCCUCCGAACUUCCCUCCGCAGCCUCAGCAACCUCAGCAACCCCCGCAGCCCGUCAGGCACUCGCUCUCGCCGCCACAGCAGACCCACGGCCUCCCAGCGCAGGCUGCACCGCAACCAUCACCGCAACCUCCGCACUCAGAGAUCCGCAGCGCCGCCGCCACCUCCCCCUCAGACGCAACCCCAGAGCCAAGAAGCCCCGCCAGUGCCGCCAUCAAAAAGAUGCCUCAAAGAAAACAACACAGCAUCUUCACGCCAAUAGAUGAGAAUCGCUCUGUCCUGUCCCAGCAUCUGGCUGCUUUUGCGGAGCACAGUGGCAAGGCGGACCCCAAUGGCAAUCGAUCGCAGUCAAUGGACAUGCCCUCUGCUUUGCGAAACACUACCUCCCCACCACAGGCACCCAAGAGGGCGGAGACGGGUCCAGUUCCACCAAAGCGACAAGUUUCUGUAUCCUCCCUUCCAGAGGCAGACUUCACUCCACCUUCGCGCACCAAUAGUCUGCGUACUGGGGGCGCGUCGCGGCCUCGUCUCAAGGUGCAGAUUCCCGACGAGCCGUCAGAUGCCGGUAGCAAUACUGCAGAGUCCAGCUCCGCUGGCCCUGGUCACUCAACCGACGCUACGUCCCAAACAACGCGGCCUGGGGACUCGCAUUCAUCUGGGAUCGUGCUCCCACCACCCUCGCCAUCUGCAACCACCACAUUGCUCUCGGCCGGCGCGACUGGGCCACCAAAUCCGUUCGCACGGCCUCCCAACCCCAACAACCAGAAUCAUAUGAACAUUGAUACCCCGGCAUCUGCACUGCCUUCUCGAUAUAUGAACAAUGAGUUCCUGCCCAGUCCAAGUUCGUUCUUCCCGGACAUGUAUGCACGAGGUCACGACAGCAACACGCUUCCUAGUCCACUCAACUUCGCAACGCCCGUUGUUGGAUCAGGUCCCAGCUUCCUAAGGGAGGAACUUUCCACUACUGGCAAGAGGAAGAGCCCAGAGAUAAGCAGCAACGGCCCGCCUUCGGACCCCAUCGAGCCCAGCAAUGAGCCCAAGCGACUGAAGGUCGGCAACUAA